AAUAAAAUGUUUACACUUCGUUUCAAUGGACUUUCAUGAAAAUAUUUGAAUUGUUUGAUAAAUCUUUCAGCGAAGAUGCUUUCGUGGACAUUCUUACGAUUCUUACAACUCUCAAGUUAAAGCCGAGUAUUGGACAAAAGUUAUACAAAGCAAUGUGCACGGAGCUUAUGGAUAAUAUGAACGAUGAUUUAGAAUAUAUAUUGACUGAAGGAAGCUUGCAGAAUGGAUUGGAGAAAGUUGCGAAAUUAAUAGACGCAGAUUCUUCUGUAAGCGAAGAUGCUUGACGCCCAGAAAAUUAAAGAAGAAAGUGAAUUAUUGGAAAAACAAGUAAAUGCGAUAGAAGAAGAAAACGCAAAUUUAAUGAAAGAAAUUGCAGAAAAAAGGUCAAGUAUAAUGACCAUGAAUGAUAACAUGACAGAAUCGUUAAAUAAGUCAUUAAGUGUUAUGGAUUCAAUAAGAAAGAGAAAGGAGGAGUUAGAAAAAUGUUUAAUGUUAUUAGAACAUGAAGAUAAAAUAAGAUUAUAA